AUGUAGUACCGUUUAAUACAUUUAUUUAUUUUUUAAGUCCUUGUUUUCCUAAGUGAUAAGUUUUAUAGCAAUAAAGUAUUUGGUGCUCCUCAAAUUACUGGAUACAACAUAUUCAGAUCCCACGCUACAUUCGCUCUGGAUGUUGAGCUCCAACUCUAUAUAUGUCUACAAAAAGUAUCGUUGGAGGCACUUAAAAAUCCAGAUUAAAUCUUGCUUGAUGCAACUAAUAACCCAAGGGAAGAAGAAAUAAGUGAAAAUGGUAUAUGGUGCUGCAUCAGGGAUAUACACUGUAUACGACCCCAGUAAAGUUGAAUCUCUUCCGGAACGAAAGUCAAUAGAACAAAUACAAUCUUCAACGAUUGAAAAGAAGCAUUUGGAAAAAGAAAAAUGGUAUUCCGUCACUGUUCAAGUCGCCGUCCCAUUCUUUAUAGCAGGUUUAGGCACCAUAGGAGCAGGGAUUGUUCUUGGAAAUGUCACGGAAUACAAGGUGUUCAAGGAAAUCAACGCUCUCUUGAUCCUGGUCCCGGCUCUUCUCGGUUUAAAAGGUAAUCUGGACAUGUGUCUCGCUUCGAGACUGUCAACUCAAGCUAACUUGGGAAACAUGCACAGUAAAAAGGAAAUCUUGAAAAUGAUAAUUGGAAACAUUAUUUUAGUACAGAUUCAAGCAAUCGUGGCGUCAUGUCUUGUUGCUGUUUUCGCAGUAGGGGCGUCAGCGUUGAUUAAUGGGAAUUUCCGAUGGAUCCACGCGUUGUUGCUAGCAACAUCAAGCGUCUUAACGGCAACGCUAUCAUGUUUUUUCUUAGAUAUCGUUCUAAUCACCUUAAUAAUCAUAUCCCACAAAAUAAAACUAAACCCUGACAAUUUGGCUACGCCGAUGGCAGCUAGCAUUGGUGACGUCGUAUCUCUUAUUGUUCUGUCGACGUGGGCAAAGUUACUUUUUAAUAUUCAAGAUGAAUAUCCCUGGAUUAUGGGUGUGAUUCUUGGGUGCUACUUAUGCAUCCUGCUACCUAUUUGGAUACUGAUUGUCAGAAAGAACCAUUACACCUGCAAAAUUCUAAGUAACGGUUGGACGCCUGUACUUACUGCGUUAGUCAUCAGUGGAUCUGGUGGCUUAGUUCUGGACAGUGCAGUAGACCAGUUCAAAGGAUAUGAAGUUUUUCAACCGAUCAUUAAUGGAAUUGGAGGAAAUUUGGUGUCCGUUCAGGCAAGCCGUAUUUCAACUAUGCUACAUAAAACGUCUAUGAAGGGCGUCAUUCCACCGCACACAAAACAGUGGGUUGCUCCUUGGACUGCCCUAUUCAGAGGAGUGCUUCCAGCGAAGACGGCAAGAAUACUUAUCGCGAUGUCAAUUUUAGGUCAUUUAGUGUUCGUAUUCGCAGCAGACUAUAUGUACAAUGGGAUAAUGGCCGUUACCUACGUGUUCGUGCUGACAUAUAUAGCUGUUGGUCUCAUCCAGCUAAUGCUGCUGUUAUACAUCGCCCACAUAAUGAUCCACCUAAUGUGGAUUUUGAAGAUGGAUCCGGACAGUUCGGCUAUACCUUACCUAACGGCCUUGGGUGAUUUAUUAGGAUCAUCGCUACUGUUACUUGCGUUUAUGUUCUUAAGAUCAAUAGAUUUUGAGUAUGAGCCUGUAUAAUUUGUUAAAAAUAUUGUUGAGUUUAGUAAAUUAUGUUUAAGUUACAAA